AUGACAGGUCUCAUCGACAGCAAAUACAUGGCUCUAUGCCUUGGUUUGAUGAUUUUUAGUUUUGGAUUGUGUUUGGUCUCUACGCAUGCAGAGCUUCAAAGAUUUGAACAUCCUGCAAAAACUGAUGGGACUCUGUCCUUUUUGGUGCUUGGAGAUUGGGGCAGAAAAGGUGCUUUCAACCAGUCUGAAGUUGCUCUUCAGAUGGGAAGGAUUGGAGAGGAGCUGGACAUAGAUUUUGUAGUAUCAACAGGCGAUAAUUUCUAUGAUGAUGGAUUAACUGGUAAACACGACAAAGCAUUUGAGGAAUCAUUUACUCGAAUCUACACUGCAAAUAGCCUGCAAAAGCAGUGGUAUAGUGUGUUGGGAAACCAUGAUUAUAGAGGAAAUGCAGAGGCACAACUGAGCCAUCAACUUAGGAAAAUUGACAGCAGAUGGCUUUGUUUGAGAUCUUUCAUUGUCAACGCUGAAUUGGCUGAAAUUUUCUUUGUGGACACCACCCCUUUUGUCCAAUCUUACUUCACUGAUGCUGGGGGCCAUACUUAUGACUGGAGAGGCAUUGGUUCUCCUAGAGCUUACGUUGCAAACCUAAUAAAGGAACUAAAGUUGGCUUUGCGUGAAUCAAGAGCAAAGUGGAAAAUUGUCGUGGGUCAUCAUGCGAUUAGAAGCAUUGGACAUCAUGGGGACACUGAGGAACUUGUAAGCAAGCUUCUUCCAAUCCUGAAGGUCAACAACGUAGAUUUUUACAUGAAUGGACAUGACCAUUGCCUUGAACACAUCAGUGACACAGAGAGCCCAGUACAAUUUCUAACUAGUGGAGCUGGGUCUAAGGCAUGGAGGGGUGACAUUAAAGAAAAGAACAGAGAUGGUCUAAAAUUCUUCUAUGAUGGCCAAGCUGAGCUUCAGCGAUUCGAGCAGCCUAUUAAGGAAGAUGGCUCAAUUAGCUUUUUGGUGGUUGGAGACUGGGGAAGAAAAGGAAAUUACAAUCAAUCCAAUGUUGCAUUUCAGAUGGGAAGAAUUGGAGAAGAGCUGAACAUUGAUUUCGUUGUUUCCACUGGAGACAACUUCUAUGAGGACGGAUUGAGAAGCGUAAAUGACCCUGAAUUUGAAAAGUCAUUUAGCAAAAUCUAUACUGCAAAGAGCCUUCAAAAGCAGUGGUAUAGCGUUUUAGGCAACCAUGACUACAGGGGAAAUGUCAAGGCUCAGUUGAGCCCGAUGCUGAGGAAUAUAGAUAGCCGGUGGAUUUGCCUGAGAUCUUUCAUUCUUAACACAGAAAUUGUGGAAUUAUUCUUCAUCGACACUACUCCAUUUGUGGACAAGUACUUUCUGAGGCCAAAGCACCACCAUUAUGACUGGAGAGGAGUGAUGCCUAGGCAGCAUUAUCUGUCAAACCUCUUGAAGGAUUUGGAAUCAGCUUUGCAGGACUCAACUGCAAACUGGAAGAUUGUGGUUGGGCAUCAUACUAUCAGAAGCGUUGGCCGUCAUGGGAAAACAAAGGAGCUAGAGGAGCUGCUUCUCCCACUACUUGAGGCAAACAAUGUUGAUAUGUACAUAAAUGGGCAUGAUCAUUGCUUGGAACACAUAGCCAGCAGGACAAGCCAAAUCCAUUUUUUAACAAGUGGAGGUGGAUCAAAGGCAUGGGGAGGGGAUGUUGAUCAACUAAACAGAGACGGAGUCAAAUUUUAUUAUGAUGGGCAAGGUUUCACGUCCCUCGAACUUAGGCAGACAGAUGCAAAGGUCGUAUUUUAUGAUGUUUUUGGCAAAGUUCUGCACAAUUUGAAGCUGUUUAAGCAGCUCAACCCUGUCUUAUAG